CCGCCGAGGAACUUUUCACCGCCUCUGGGCUCCAGAGUGGAGCCUUGGGCUGUUGAUCAAUACAUCUAUACAUAUGUGUGAUCUAAUAAAACAUUCUCUCCUCUCUUUGAGGCGGCAGCUUUUUAUGACAUCUCCUUUAUGUCAGACACUUGCCUGGCUUCUUUGGGUUAUAAACUUUUGAUGCCAGACCUCCGCAGAACGUGCCCAACUGAAUUUUAAAGUAGCAUCUGGAAGAGAGAGGCAGAGAAAGAGCACUCGGUGACCUUCAUCCCGCACCUCCCGCCUCGCUCUCCCUUCCGGGCGGCCUCCCUCCUCCCCGGGGAGCGGCAGGAAAGCUCCUUUUGGAUGCAGGAGGGGCCUCUGGUUCCGCCAGGCUGGAAAGCUGAGGCAGGAUUUGGGGAAGAACCAGUAGGCUCCGGAGAGCCUGGACUCCUUCCUCCCGCGCCCCACCUGCUCCGCCGGGCGCCCGCCCGUCCUCUCGCCACCCGCCGGGACCGCGCUGCCGCCGGGAGUUGUGGCUGUCGAGGAUGGGGGUCUGUGGGUACCUGCUCCUGCCCUGGAAGUGCCUCGUGGUCGUGUCUCUCAGGCUGCUGUUCCUUGUACCCACAGGAGUACCCGUGCGCAGCGGAGAUGCCACCUUCCCCAAAGCCAUGGACAACGUGACGGUCCGGCAGGGGGAGAGCGCCACCCUCAGGUGUACCAUAGAUGACAGAGUUACCCGGGUGGCCUGGCUAAACCGCAGCACCAUCCUCUACGCGGGGAAUGACAAGUGGUCCAUAGACCCUCGAGUGAUCAUUCUGGUCAACACCCCAACCCAGUACAGCAUCAUGAUCCAGAACGUGGACGUGUAUGACGAGGGCCCCUACACCUGCUCCGUGCAGACGGACAACCACCCCAAGACCUCGCGGGUCCACCUCAUUGUGCAAGUCCCUCCACAGAUCAUGAAUAUCUCCUCAGACAUCACUGUGAACGAGGGGAGCAGCGUGACCCUGCUGUGUCUUGCUAUUGGCAGGCCAGAGCCAACAGUGACGUGGAGACACCUGUCUGUCAAGGAAGGACAGGGCUUUGUAAGUGAGGAUGAAUACCUGGAAAUCUCUGACAUCAAGCGUGACCAGUCUGGGGAGUACGAAUGCAGCGCCUUGAAUGAUGUUGCUGCUCCUGAUGUGCGGAAAGUCAAAAUCACUGUAAAUUACCCUCCCUAUAUCUCAAAAGCCAAGAACACCGGUGUCUCCGUGGGUCAGAAGGGCAUCCUGAGCUGUGAAGCCUCUGCCGUGCCUACAGCGGAAUUCCAGUGGUUCAAGGAAGACACCAGGCUAGCAACCGGCCUGGACGGCAUGAGGAUUGAGAGUAAAGGGCGCAUAUCCACUCUGACUUUCUUCAAUGUUUCAGAGAAGGAUUAUGGGAAUUAUACUUGUGUGGCCACAAACAAGCUUGGGAACACCAAUGCCAGCAUCGCACUGUAUGGGCCUGGAGCAGUCAUUGAUGGUGUAAACUCGGCCUCUAGAGCACUGGCUUGUCUCUGGCUCUCAGGGACCCUCUUUGCCCACUUCUUCAUCAAGUUUUGAUAAGAAACCAUAGGUUCUCUGAGCAACGCCUGCUUCUCCAUAUCACAGACUUUAAUCUACACUGCGGAGGGCAAACCAGUUUGGGCUUCUUUUGUUUCUUUGUUUCUGAUAUUCUUCUUGAUUUUUUUUUUUUUUAUUUCUGGGUUUUUUUUGUUUACUUGAUUUUUAUUUUUUUAUUUUUACAGUUUAAAUGAGUGGGGUUGGGAGAGGGGUGGGCAGGGUUCUACCAUGUGUAGGAUGAUCAUUCAUUGGUGUGUCCAAAAAUGGAAUGUGUUCCUGCUACCUUGGCCCUUCCCUUUCCUCUGCUUCCCUCCCCAUCAUCAUCACCACCAACCGCUCCUGUCCCACAUACCAAAACAUGAGCUCCAUUUGGGGGAAAACGUGCCUCAUGAUAAACACCCUGAAGACACAACUUGACUUUAAUGUAGUGCACAGCAAGACUUGUAUCCAAGUGUCCUAUUAUCUGUGUCUUUUAAGCUUUGGACCAUUUUCCAGAUUACAAUGUAUAUAUCCCUCUCUCCACGUUUAUUAUUACCUAAUUACUUUAGGGUUCACAUCCUUUCUUUCUGGGAACUUAUCUCAGCGUAUCCACACCUAUAUAGAGACGUAUAUAAAUAACCUUGCCAUCUCCUCUAGCCACUCUGCUCUAUUUGCGUUUCUCACCAGCCACAGGGAUUAGAGCCUCGAAGCUAUUCACUCAACCCAACACUAAAAAUGUAGAAGUCAAAUGACCAAAAAGGGGGUAGGUAUUUUGAGGAUAGUAUUUCCCUUUUAAAAAUGCUGUCCGACUCAUAAAAAAUGAUGCAUAGAUGGCUGGUUGUUUAGGUUUUAUUAAGCUAUCUAUCAAAGUAAUCAUACAGUUAUCCAUCUACUCAAUUGUCUGAUUUUCCUCUCCAUUCAAUUAUCUGCCCACCCAUCUUCCUCUCUAGCGAUCUAUUUACUCCACUUAUCAAUCUAUCAAUGUAAUUUUCUAACACUUCUUUCUAUUUCUUCCCUCGCUACUCACUAUCAAUUCAUCACCAUAUUAAUGUCUAAUCAUAUUGUGUCUAUUCAACUGUAUUCAUUUCUCCCCCGCCUUCAGCAGACAUUGGCAUCUUCAGAAUUACCUAUCAGCUUCUCAUGUGAGAGCCAGUGCUCUCACAGGCUAACAACAUAGAAAAGCAAUAUGUCAUGGACUCUUUGGAAUGUGGUAGCCCAUCCACCCAAGGUAGAUGCUGUUAACGGAUGGACCAAAGUCGAAUUCUAAUGAUCAUCACUCAUUAUUCCCAGAAGAGACUAUGUUUCCAAAAACAUCUUCUUAGGAAGCAGAUUGACCCUGGAGGAGCCUUGAUUAGUCCUGUAUUUUUCAAUUUUCACACUUGAAGGACCAAGGUGCCAACCUUCAGGCUUCUCCCUGCCUUUCAAGAAAGCGUAUGUCAGGAACCUAUGGAUUUACCCCAUGGCUGGCUUUUCUUAAUAGCAAGAACAAAGAAGUGAAAACACAUCUGCCUGUGGAAUGUGAAGAGAUCAGUCCACCUGUCUGAGCGCGAUGACUUCGGCUAUUGUCUCCUCUCUGCUCCAGUCUUCGUUUAAUCUGCCUGAAAAACCAUCCAGUAAAAAGCUGAUGAAGCCAAUUACAUAGUGGGUGUGUUGACAACUCUGGCGUUUGUAUCAGGAAGCUCUUCUGAGCUGAGGAGGGCACUUGAGCAACUGACUUAAUUUCCAAGCACUUGAUUAACACAACACUGCAAACAGAGGGGGAAAGUGUGAGCAACUCAUAGUUCCCUCUGCCACAGGCUUCCUCUCCACUGGCUGUGGGGAGAACACCCUCAGCUCUGCGUCUUCAACCAGACCCAGCACAUAAACAGGAGCUGACCUGACCUUUCUGCAUCACCUCCUGGGACAGGAAGGACUCACCAGCAAAGAUGCCUGUGACCCAAAGCAUGGCGCUGAGAACACAGGAGGCCGUGCUCCAUCUCUGCGCUGCAGGGACGGUCCUACCGAGAGGGAGAGAGAGGAGCGUAAACAAUGACUGUCCCCCAGACCUGCCCUGCUCCAGCUGGGAAACUCUUCCAGGAAAAUAUUAAACAAUAAACAUGUGUGUGGCUAUAUGCAUAUGUAAAAUGCAAACCUAGGCUGCCUUGGCAUACAAAAAGCCAGGCACUUUCAUAAGAGUUAGAGCUGGUGCAAGUGAAAUUAAUAUUACAUUUGCCAGCUGUAAACAGACAUCUGCAUUUCCUAGUGAGCCACCGGGAGCCAGAUUCUGGGAACAUAAAUGAUGUGCCAAAAGCAGUGUAUUGAUUCCAAGUUCCAGGGACAAUGAUGAGCUGGCGUAAAGUCAUAAUUAAAAGUUGGACAUCAGCGUUUCAGAUCUGUCACCACGUUCAGCACCUGGAGUUGGGCUGGUCUCAGACACUGUAUGAGAAUUAAAUGGGUCAUUGGAGAGCUCUACUGAUAAUAAAUUUGAUGAUACUUGGAGUAAAGUAAGUGUGGAGGCCGUGGAGAGUUGGUGGUUUUGGAGAACAGUGUUCUUAAAAUGGACAAGCUGCACUUGCUCUUCAGUCCGAGGCUUGUUCUCGAGGAGGGGUCCAUCUUCCUUUGUCCAGGAAGAUCCCCAGGACCCUUGGAGCACAGGGAGGCUGGGGCUCAGAGUCACUGAGAAACUCCGCACUGCCCACUCCCACUGGAUACCAUGAAGCACCUCUGCUGGUUGCCUAUUCCAGCCUUUCAGAGGAGGAGAAACCUACAGCCUGUCUUCAUCUGCCUGGGAUAAAGCAAACCAAGUAAAUGAGACCCAAGGAAACUGGGCGCUGGGAAAGAAAAUUGCUCUUGUUUACAACAGACCUCCCCAGCUUCUGCGUUGUUGGGUUACUUUGGAGGGGAUGGCUCCAUAUGAUAGUAGCUCCUCCCCAACUUUCUGAAGCUAUAAAGCAGUAAAUGCUCACUAAAGACAAUGUCCACACUUACACAUGCUCUUUCAACCCUACACGUGGAGGGUGGAUGGAUAAGGCCUGCUGGGUACAUUUGUUUCAAGGUGUCAAUGGUGAGGGUGGGGUAGGGGCCAAGGGGGAAAGAACAAACAAGUCUCUGAGCAACCAAUAGUUCUUCACGGGUUUUCCGCAGAAAGAAAACCAUACAGUGCUUAUCAGGAGAUUAGGUGAGAGGAAUUCCGAAACCCUUCUCCUUCCCCAAGCGAAGGUGAUACGGACGUCCACCAAAGUAAUGCCGACGAAAGUGCUGGUGUUAAGACUCUGGCCAAGCUCGUUUUUUUUUAGAAGUUUAAUGUCAAGUGCCUGAUGUAGUCACCUGCGCGUCUAAGCAAGUGCGUUUAGUUGUUCUCAUUCCUGUUUUAACUGGAGGAGAGGAGACAUACAAGAGGAAGGUGGUGAACACAUGCACAUAUUGUAUGCAGAGAGCGCUGUGCACGGUUGUUCUGCUUCCACUGUGCUCAGCUGGACAGAAGGAAAGGUAAGGCUUUGUAUCCGCUGAACCGGGGCCUCAUACUAGAUGAUACGCUUCCCAGGUCGGGCCUGGGUGGAAAGUGUGCUCUGGGACUCUAGAAACUCCACAACCAAGGAUGAACUUAAGGAUCUGUUUCUGCAUCAAUCCAGUUACCUUGCACUCAGCAUGGAAGAGUUAGCAAGUUCUACUUCUGUCAAAAGAACUCUUUCGUGAAAAGUGUAGAGAACCUCAAGGUGGGCAGUGGAUCCAAAGAGAGCUUAUCACUGUCCCGCAUCAGGAGUGGCUGUAAAUGGAAUAGCCUUGUUUUGGCCGGUGCAUCCAGUGCCACUGAGAUUGUCUUCUCUGUAGUUGCUGAUGGGCCAUCAGCCCCAUCAGCAGGAGGAUGGGAGAAAUGGCUCAAGGUGAGGAGAGCUAUGGGGUGGGGUCAUCUUUCCCAAUUUCACUCUGUGUCUUCACCAGAGAAAAAAGUGGCUUUGCAACACCUGGAACCAGCUCCCCAUUCUCCCUCUCUACCCCCACCCCCAAAGAAAACAAUACACAAAUUUUUAACUUUUUUUAAAGAGCAAAGUUUAAUUUAUUUUGGAAUUAGGGAAAGCAGCAUAAAAUUUUUCCUCUUGGGAAAUUUAUUUAUUUUUAAUUUUUUUUGUCCAACAAGGAGGAUCUUUCUUUCAUUUUGCACAAGACCUAUUCCUAGAAAUGCUUACACCCAAUCGCCUACCCUCAUACUAUCCAAAGUGUCCCUGCCUUUUACUUCUGAAGACAAAUAAGUUUGCGCAGUUGCAGUAAAACUUCACAGGUGUGUAACUAGGAAGGCAUCAUUUCAAAAAGACACCAUAUGAUGAGAACUCCUAAUGAUCACUAAAAGGAAACAAAUAAAAAUGCCAGUCUCAUUUCCCUCAUUUCUUAUUUAAGAGAAGGGAAGUAAAUGAAAGGAAGAAGAGAGAGAUUUGCAAUUAGAAAAUGUGGCUAAAAGAGCUGAACGAGUGCAAUUUAGCCUUCAGGUGCAGAACGCUGGGAGUCCAAAGGAGAGCGGGGUGGACUCAAUUAGACGUGAUUGUCUUCAUCCUGAAAGUAGUCGGUUAAACCUGAUUUCCAGUAUUUUGAAAGAUUCCUUUUUGUUUCUUUCAAAGGUGCCCUUUGGUAGGCACGCAGUUGCUCCGGUUGGUCCACACCACUGAGUGCAGAAAGAAAGAUUGUGAACCUUCUACUCUUCUUUCUUGGCCACAUUCUCUGCUACCGGCAGAUUUAUAAGGACAUCAAUAAUAGCAAUGAUAAGUAAUAAUAGCUGCCCUUGCAUUAGUUAGAGGGAGCAUUUUUAAUCAUUCAGAAACUUUUGUGACAUGUACAGUGCAGUUGUGAGGAAUGUGUGCGUGUACGAAAAUGUAUCUGUCCAAGUUCAGAGUCCUCUAGAUUAAAAAAUUAUGGCUUAUCAAUAGUGCCGUCAUCGCUGUGUCAGACAAUGGGUGUGCCCAUCCUCACAAUUAUCCUUAGAACAAAUCUAUGUGCAAAUGCUUUAAAAAUCUAUCACAUGAUACAAGAGUAUGGCUUUGUCAGCCUCCUAGAGUUCUUCCUUUCUUUAAUUUUCUUCCGUAUUUUUUUUUCCUUAAAAAUCAAUGAAGACUUGAUUUCUGUCAAUAAUUGUAUUAAGGGUGAAAGUACUACCUGAAUUUUGUGCAUGUUACAUUGUAGUUGUAACCUUUUCUAAUUCAGGAUGAACACGAGAUGGUUGUGAUUGUGCAGUGUAUCAAUAAAGUUCAAAGAAAUUUGUAA